CUACUGACAUCGUUCAUGGCAUAUAGUAGUGGCGCCGGGUGGGCUUGGCAAGAAAAAGGCCCAACAAAAGCCCAUCUCCCCUUGAGGUCAAGAGCAAAAGCAAGCAAGGUCAGCGCCGUAUUCCCCGCGCCGCGCCUCAGACAGUUCUUCGUUCAUCUCGCCUGCCUCUCCUCCUCCUCCUUCCUCCCCCUCCCCUCCCCUCGACCCCUCCCCUCCCGGCUGAUGCAGGUGCAGCAGCAUCGACAGGUGUGGUGGCCGGGCCGGAUGGGGGCGGCGUUCGGGCCCUCCUUCCUCUGCCUCGUCUGCCUCAUCUACUUCAUCCAGGGUUUCAGGUCUUUUGUCUGGACGGCUGUCUCCUACCAAAUGAAGGACGUCAUGAAGCUAUCGCCCUCCACAUCGCAGUUUCUCGUCUCCCUUGCAUAUUUCCCUUGGAGCAUCAAACCUGUAUAUGGGAUCCUGUCAGACUGCAUUCCAAUUAAGCAGAGGAAGCGUAUACCCUAUUUGAUCAUUUCUAGCUGCCUUUCUCUACUCCCCUGGCUUAUCCUUGGGCUAUCACAGGCUUUGAGGAGCUCACCCAACAUGCUCACCGCCUUGCUCGUAGUACAGAAUCUGGGAUCUGCCAUGGCAGAUGUUGUUAUAGAUGCAAUGGUUGCAGAAUCAGUUCGAUCAGCAGGGCCACAGUUUGCUGGUGAUUUACAGUCAUUGUCUUGGUCAUCCAUGGCUGUUGGUGGGAUUUUUGGGAGCUUAUUGGGAGGAUAUGCACUAUCCAAUCUCCCAAUCCAUGCCAUAUAUGUUGUUUUCUCAGCCCUCCCAUUCUUUCAACUCGUUUCCUGCAUGUUUGUUGAGGAUUCUCCAAAAGGAUUACAGAGUGCCAUUGAUGAACAUAAGUAUGUAGACAAUCAGGGUGCUGAAAAAUGCUCUAGUGAAGCACUUGGAUACGAGGGCACUAGAAGGCGAAAGAAAAUUCGUAAAAGUAAUAAAAGCAGACCACUGUCAAAGCGGGCUGAGGCUAAUGAGAAACACAAUGGCCCAAUUAAUUCAUCGCCAUGUCUGUCUCUGAGAUCAGCCUUCUUCAGUUUGUGCACAGCUUUUAGGCAGCCAACCAUUCUGCGACCUAUGGUGUGGUUUUUCUUUUCAAAUGUAAUAAUUCCAAAUAUCUCGACAGUCAUGUUCUAUUAUCAAACAGAGGAGCUACAUUUGGAAGCAUCCUUUCUUGGGACUGCACGUGUGAUUGGAUGGUUCAGUCUAAUUCUUGGCACAUAUACCUACAACCGCUAUUUUAAGCACAAGCAGCUCAGGAAUAUUCUUGUGUUUGCUCAUGUUGGUCUUGCCAUAAUUAGCCUACUGGACAUUGCUUUGGUGUCACGGUUGCAUGUUCCAUACGGAAUUGGCGAUAAGUACAUGGUGCUCUGGGGUUCUGCUUUGGCUGAUGCAAUCAACCAGUUCAAGAUGAUGCCGUUCCUGAUUCUGUCAGGACAGCUUUGCCCACCUGGAAUCGAGGGCACGCUGUUUGCUCUCUUCAUGUCCAUAAACAACCUUGGUUCAACACUAGGUUCAUUCCUGGGGGCUAUUCUGGCAUCAGCUUUGAACAUCUCGACGGCACAGUUUGACAAUCUUGCUCUGGGUUUGGGUGUACAGCUGAUUGGUACUCUCUUACCGAUUGGGUUCCUAUUUCUGAUUCCAAAGGAAGUUACAGGACUAACAUCAUAGGUUGAGGGGUGUGGGCCUAACCGUACCUAUUUUAUUCCCGCUCUACACCAGUCUACCAGAGUGAGAGGAACAUACACAUCAUAGGAAGGAAAUUAGAAGUAGUUGGAAGCUAGACAAUUUUGUUGAAAGAUGUAUACAGCUUUGUACGAGGAUGAGAGGAAACAUUGGCUGCGUUGUGUAGCGCUUGUUCCGAAAGUGGCUUGUGCAUAUACUAUACUCCAAACCACUUGUUUGCUAUGAUCAUUGUAUCUAUUGCGAUUCUCUUAUCGCUGCUUGUACUCCAAA